AUGUCUGCACUUCGAAAGAAAUUUGGGGACGAUUAUCAGGUAGUGACCACCUCAUCCAGCGGGUCUGGAUUCAACCAGCCGGCACCAGAGAAGAAGAAGAAGAGGCAACGCUUUGUGGACAAGAACGGGCGAUGUAACGUCCAGCAUGGAAACCUGGGUGGUGAAACCAGUAGAUACCUUUCCGAUUUAUUCACUACGCUGGUCGAUUUGAAAUGGCGCUGGAAUUUAUUUAUCUUCAUCCUAACAUACACGGUGGCAUGGCUCUUCAUGGCAUUCAUGUGGUGGAUCAUAGCCUACAUCAGAGGAGACCUCCAUCGAACCCACGAUGACAAGUAUACGCCAUGCGUUGCCAAUGUCUACAACUUUCCCUCCGCGUUUUUAUUCUUCAUAGAAACGGAAGCCACAAUAGGAUAUGGCUAUAGGUAUAUCACGGACAAAUGUCCCGAGGGGAUCAUUCUCUUUCUUUUCCAGUCAAUCCUGGGAUCAAUCGUUGAUGCUUUUUUGAUUGGCUGCAUGUUCAUUAAGAUGUCCCAGCCCAAAAAAAGGGCAGAGACUUUGAUGUUUAGUGAACAUGCAGCUAUUUCGAUGCGAGAUGGAAAACUAACUCUCAUGUUCAGAGUCGGCAACCUGCGUAAUAGCCAUAUGGUCUCCGCACAGAUCCGCUGCAAAUUGCUGAAAUCUCGUCAGACGCCCGAAGGUGAGUUUCUUCCACUGGAUCAGUUGGAAUUGGACGUGGGCUUCAGUACCGGGGCGGAUCAGCUCUUCCUGGUCUCACCACUCACAAUCUGCCAUGUGAUUGACACUAAAAGUCCAUUCUACGAACUCUCCCAGAGAUCCAUGCAAACAGAGCAGUUUGAAAUUGUGGUCAUAUUGGAAGGAAUAGUGGAAACCACUGGGAUGACUUGCCAAGCGAGGACUUCUUACACUGAGGACGAGGUUCUAUGGGGACAUCGUUUCUUCCCAGUCAUCUCCCUGGAGGAGGGGUUCUUCAAGGUGGACUACUCCCAGUUCCACGCCACGUUUGAGGUCAACACUCCCCCGUACAGCGUGAAGGAGCAGGAGGAAAACCUGCUCAUAUCCUCUCCUCUCAUGGCCCCAUCCCUGUGCAACAGCGGCGAGGGGGGGAGGAACAGCUCCAUGGACUGCCUGGAGACCCUGGAGGACAAGGAGAGCACCACCACCAAGCUGCCGUCCAAGCUGCAGAAGAUGCAAGGGGGCGGCUGUGGCCGGGACGGGCUGCCCAUGCCUAGGAAGCUGCUGAGGAUGAGCUCCACCACAUCGGAGAUGAUCUACCCUGGGAGCAUGGGGGAGCUGCCCAUGAAGCUGCAGCGCAUCAGCUCCGUCCCCGGCGUCUCUGAUGAGAAACAGGUGAACAAGAUGGCCUCCAAGAUCAGCUCCGAUCACAUCAGCCAAUCCGUGGCAGACUUGCCCCCCAAGCUGCUAAGGAUGCAGGGGGGAGGGGGAGUAGGGGGCCGAAUGGACGGACACCUGCCCCCGAAACUCAGAAAGAUGAAUUCUGACCGCUUCACGUAGAAUGGGCGACCAGUUUUAACUUAUU